AUGUUAUCCUUCUCACGCGCACGGUGUGAAAUUGUCCUUCUUCAGAUACGCAAUAGUGGACUUGCGACCGAAUUAAUAAAUAAUCAACUUUUCAUGGAGUACCUCUAUAUUAUUAUUCAACACGGAGACUGGGCGCGUGGAAACGAGCUAAGCACUGAGUACGCCAUAGUGAGCAAAUCCGCGGUGGCUACGACAACGGCAGCUCCACCAUUGCGUAAGCUCAAGGGCAAGAUACAGACCACAACGGCCACACCUAGGAUUGGCAGCAAUCGCAGCAGUCGCCCGCUGGCGGCUAGUGUGGCAGACGAGCCACAACAGGAGCUUGUGGCACUCUCUUCCAAGUCCUACAUAUCAGGACCCCCCACGCAACCCUCAAAGAUAGCCAAACGCGCAGGUGCACUGGCAGAGGUUAAGCAAAAGAAGUCCUUCAAGGAUGUGCGCAAUCGCAGCAGUGUGGCCUUGGAUCGCAACAAACUACAACAUGAUGUGUCUGAUCAUGUGCCCGAAUCCUCGGGUUAUGUGCCGCAGCGAAUUGGGCAACCUGUUCAUCUACCGCCACACUCCGAUUACGGAUCAACUGGGGUCGAUUCAAGUGGGGCACCAAGUGGCAGCGGGAGCUAUCAUGCCGUACCCUUUGAAGGCAACAAAUGGCAUGAGGAAUAUUGGGAGCAAGAGUACGCGGGUCAUCAGUACGUGCACAACAGUACUCGCGUGCAACACAUCGAGGCGGAAUGCCAGGACGACUACAUGAAGAUUCGUAUCGGUUUCAAUGGCUCCUUCAGUGGACUGCUCUAUUCGGCCGGUUAUGCGUACGAUCCGGACUGCAUGUACAUAAAUGGGUCUGGACGUGACUACUACGAGUUUUACAUUCAACUCAAUCGAUGUGGCACUCUGGGCAAAAACUCACUGCAGGAGGAAAAUCGCAAGAACCCCACGAAUUUUAUGUGGAACACAGUCACCGUGCAGUACAAUCCGCUUAUUGAAGAAGAGUUCGAUGAACACUUCAAGGUCACCUGUGAAUAUGGCUAUGAUUUCUGGAAGACUGUUACCUUUCCAUUUCUGGACGUCGAAGUGGCUACCGGCAACCCCGUAGUAUUCACACUAAGUCCUCCGGAGUGCUACAUGGAAAUUCAGAACGGGUAUGGCAUUGGUGGUCCCCGUGUCACCGGGCCAGUGCGUGUUGGCGAUCCGCUCACACUCAUUAUCUACAUGCGCAGCAAAUAUGAUGGAUUCGAUAUUGUGGUCAAUGAUUGUUAUGCUCACAAUGGAGCCAACAAACGCAUUCAGCUCAUCGACCAGCACGGCUGUCCGGUGGACGACAAACUUAUCUCACGCUUCCGUGGUUCCUGGUCCGAUUCGGGAGUGUACGAGACCCAGGUGUAUGCAUACAUGAAAACGUUUCGCUUCACAGGCUCCCCGGCGCUUUAUAUCGAGUGCGAUGUGCGCAUGUGCCACGGGCGCUGUCCAAGCCAGCCCUGUCACUGGCGGAAUCUCAAAGCGGUCACUAAGCGCGACACAUCCAACCUGACAGCCACAAAUCUGGCUUUGCCACCUCUGGCCGCGGAAGCUAGCACGAGCAGUACCGGCAGUCCUGCGCAGGCUUCGCUCUCCGAGAACGUGAAUCUCUUCCAAUCGCUGCGCGUGCUUCAGGAGGGCGAGUCCGAUGGCGACGAUGUAUAUGCGCGCCGGCACGAGAAGACGAACGCGCACCAGACGUGUCUGAAGACGUCUACCUUCUCAGCGCUGACUGCCAGCGGCUCAGCGCUUCUCUGCGUGCUUUCAGUCACGCUUUUCAUCGCCUGCUCACGUCUGAGGCGGCGCAAAGAGUCUUCACUCUACGACUCUUACAUCGGGCACAAGGGGCAAAUAGAUUGA